AUGGGUUAUGGUCGCGAAGAACUAAAUUACCAGACUGAAAUUUAUGCAAUGCGUAAUAGAAAGAGAUGUGUGGGUUUCUAUGGUGGACAGUACACUCAUCAGACCGUGCUACCGGACUUCACUAGCAAGGGUGUGAAAGAGGUGUAUCCUGACGAAAACGUUGUCUACAUAUCCAGGCACGCAAGAGACAUGAUCGAUGGACCAUUAGACGUUGGAGCGAUCGCAUUGUGUGUGUCCAAGGAUACGGCUAGAGAAGCGCUCGGAGCAGCUCGUCGUGGGCGGAUGAGAGCUGUGCGCCUUCCCAUAAAGAAAUACGUGAAGUGGCAGAAAGGACCGAUGUAUUUGCCGUUCCCUAAUAUAGUGCGAAUUUUCCGUGAAGUUCAUUUGAGUGGUGGCGAUUGGGAGAGCGCAUUGCUCAACAACAUCAGCAAGCGUCACCUUAUGACUCCAGAGGAACAGGAAGCGCAAGCACAAAUCGAAAGGACAAACCGGCGAAAGAUUAGACAACGCGAGAAGGACGAACUAAUCCAGACGAUUCGGGAAGCCACAGGCCAUACAUAA